AUGAGCCCCGAACCUGCGCCCACAGAAACAAAGGCGCAAGAACCAGAGCCUCAGACCGACGAAUACAACACCUCAAGUCGAAAAGGCAAAUUUCGCUUCAAGAGCUCAUCCCGGCACUCCAAAGAAAGCUCAAGACAUGACCACAGUCGUCAACACCGCAAGCGCAGCCACCGCUCACGCACAGAGGACAAAUCCUCCAAGCGAAGACACAGAGACCCAUCACGUUCCAAACCGGCAGAGCCAACCCAGCUCCCCACCUCAGAUGCAUUCCGGGAAUCGCUCUUCGACGCACUGGGGGACGACGAAGGCGCCGCGUAUUGGGAAUCAGUGUAUGGUCAACCUAUCCACAACUAUAGUGUUCCGCACGUACAGGGGCCGGAGGGGGAGCUGGAGCAGAUGACGGAAGAAGAGUACGUUGCGUACGUGCGGACGCGGAUGUGGGAGCGCACGCGUGAAGGACAGCUUGAGGAGCAGGAGAGGCUACGGGCGGAGAGGAUGAGGAAGAAGAUGAGUGAGGAGAAGGGGAGGGCGGCGGAUGAGGAGAGGAGGGCGUUUGAGAGGGCGAUGGAUGAGAGUUUGAGGCGUGGGGCGGAGAGGAAGAAGUUCAAGGCUUGGGGUGGGGUUUGGAAGGAGUAUUUGGAGAGAUGGGGGGAGAUGGAGGCUGAGAGGGUCAAGGAGGAUCCUUCUCGGGCUUUGAGGAAUAUGAUAUUUUGGCCUGUCAGGUCGGGGAAGAGAGGUGAUGUUGAAGCUGCUGCUGUUGAGGAAUUCAUGAAACAUGCGCCGGAGGGGGAUUUGGUCAAUACCCUCAAGACGGAGCGAAUCCGUUGGCAUCCCGACAAGAUUCAGCAUCGGUACGGCGCGCUUGGCAUUGAUGAUGUUGUCAUGCGCAGCGUCACAGAGGUCUUCCAGAUUGUUGAUCGCAUGUGGAGCGAGAAGAGAGAACGGCAGAGUUGA